UUAACCCCUGUGCUUGUCACACUCUGAGUCUUCUCCAUAGCCAAAGAACAGAGAGAAAAAUCUAUCUGUGCAUGAGCGAGUGGUGAAACCAAAGAGGAAAGCACCAACCUGAAGGCACCUCUUCCAGGGGGGACCAAAAAUCUGAAGAUUCUCUUUCCUGCCAGAAACUCCAAAGGAGAUACAUAGAAAAAAAUAUCCACGAUGACUGUGACUUACUCCAGUAAAGUAGCAAAUGCAACUUUUUUUGGAUUUCAUAGGUUACUCUUCAAGUGGAGAGGCAGCAUCUACAAACUCCUGUACAGGGAAUUCAUUGUUUUUGCUGUUCUUUACACUGCAAUAAGUCUGGUGUACAGAUUGUUACUUACAGGAGCCCAAAAACGUUACUUUGAAAAAUUAUCAAUUUACUGUGACAGAUAUGCUGAACAAAUUCCAGUAACCUUUGUGCUUGGGUUCUACGUGACCCUGGUGGUGAACCGAUGGUGGAACCAGUUCGUGAACCUGCCCUGGCCGGACCGGCUGAUGUUCCUCAUCUCCAGCAGCGUGCAGGGCGGUGACGAGCACGGGCGCAUGCUCAGACGCACGCUGAUGCGCUACGUCAACCUGACGUCGCUGCUCAUCUUCCGCUCCGUCAGCACCGCGGUCUACAAGCGGUUUCCCACCAUGGACCACGUGGUGGAAGCAGGUUUUAUGACAGCAGAUGAAAGGAAAUUAUUCAACCACCUCAAAUCUCCUCAUCUGAAAUAUUGGGUUCCGUUUGUUUGGUUUGGAAAUCUUGCAACUAAAGCCCGGAACGAAGGUAGAAUCAGAGACAGUGUUGAUCUGCAAUCACUGAUGACUGAAAUGAACCGGUUCCGCUCCUGGUGCAGCCUCUUGUUCGGCUACGACUGGGUGGGGAUCCCGCUGGUCUACACGCAGGUGGUCACUCUGGCCGUCUAUGCUUUCUUCUUCACGUGCCUGAUUGGACGCCAGUUUCUGGAUCCCACCAGGGGCUACGCCGGGCACGACCUGGACCUCUACGUCCCCAUCUUCACGCUGCUGCAGUUCUUCUUUUACGCGGGAUGGCUCAAGGUAGCUGAACAACUCAUCAAUCCUUUUGGAGAAGAUGAUGAUGAUUUUGAAACUAACUGGUGCAUUGAUAGAAAUUUGCAGGUCUCUCUUUUAGCUGUGGAUGAAAUGCACAUGAGCCUACCCAAAAUGAAGAAGGACAUUUACUGGGACGACUCUGCCGCCCGCCCGCCCUACACGCUGGCAGCUGCUGAAUACUGCAUACCCUCAUUUCUGGGGUCAACUGUCCAAAUGGGGCUGUCUGAGUCCGACGCGCCUGACGAGCAGUGGCUGUGGGACGUGGAGAGGCUGGGCCACCGGCACUCGGUCAUCGGCCGGGUCAAGAGGUUCCUGAGCGCGCACGAGCCCCAGUCCAGCGCCCUACGGAGGAGCUACCUGCGACAGAGCAGCGACAGCUCCGCCUUCCUCCCCCGAGGGGACCCGACCCCCGUCGGAGAUCUGCUGGGGGUGCCCGCGGGGAGCCCCGGCCGGGCCUGGCCGGGGCAGAGGCGGCCGCGCUUGGAGGAGGCGAGCCCCAGGGCACACGCCAGCACGGGCGAGCUGUCCACCAUCCGCGAGUCCAGCCGGACCAGCACGCUGCAGACCCUGACCCCGCAGCCCAGCGUGAGGCCGUCCCCCACCAAGAUGCCCCAAGUCCCCGAGCUGCUGGUCACUGCGGCCCGAGCUCCAGAGCCCGCGCCCGACAGCAGCACCCACAGCCCGGCGACCUCGGUGGACAGCUCCGAGUUCACAGGGGUUCAGCCGAGCGGGCCCGGGCGGUGGGAGGGCCCAGGCGGGUCGCUGCUGUCCCCCUCAGAGGAGGGGACCCCUCCUAGGGGCUCCAGCCCCCAGACGUUUUCAGCCAACGCUGAGAGACACGCGUUCAAGUGCACAGAUGGCCCCAGGGGUGGGGACAGGUCUCCAAAAUGGUGGAGUCUCCCGGGGCUCCCCACCUCCCUAGGAACCCCGAGUCCGGAGGCCCCGAGCGCCCAGCCUGUCCUUCUCGUGGACACGGACUCAUCUUCAGAGGCCAGCGGGAUCAGCUUUGUGGCCGCCCCCCGAAUCUCCCCUGAGCUGCUGUAUUUGGUGGAAACCCCGGAUGCCCGGGAGACGGACAUCAUCGAGCUGGACAGCCCGCCUGCCCAGGGCCCGCCCGGAGCAGCGCCACGGGCUCCCCGGACCUGGUUCUAGCUGUCCCCGGGGUCAGCUGUUAGGCAGGAACGUGCCUGGGAGCCGGUCAGUUUGUCUAAAAAGAGAUGCUGCUGCCUGAGCUGCUGCCAGCAUGGAAGGGCGUCACGAUCCUGCCCUUGUGAGUGAGACCUUUGACUGCCAAACACACCGGGUCAUCCGUCGCCCGGCUCCUGGCUCCAGUUCAAGUCACACAGACCACAGGGAUGGUCUCGACCACAUGAGGACUCUAAAAAUACGUACGACGGGAAGGGCCUCACAGACCUGUCCAGAGGUUUCUGUCUUUUCUGUAGCUGUGAGGGCAGGAGAUGGGUCCUGUGAUGAUGCCCCAAAGGCACGUUCCUGCCUAACAGCUCCUGGUUUGAGGCUUUCCAACAUCUCGCUCCCGCUUUCUCUAUCAUUAUUAUUAUUAUUAUUAUCAUUUCCGGAUUCUUAAGCUUUAUCAGCACCCAAAAGCUUCAUCUCUCUUCAGUUUCCUUUUCUACUUUCACGGUUUCAUUCUUCUCUCUUCCCUCUUUAUUCUCUUGUCCUUUUUUCCUUCUUUCCCUUCUCUCUGGUUGUGCUGCUUCUCUAGAGACACUAAUCUGACCCACCUUUCAGUUAUAAUACUUUUCUCUUGCCGACUCUGCUGCUCACUCCUGGCGUGGUUUUGAGAGGCCCAGGCGCUGCCACAGCCUCCUGCAGAGGAGCCCAGAGGUCAGCAGAGCAGCCGGGAGGUCAGCAGAGCAGCCCGGAGGUCAGCAGAGCAGCCCGGCCACCUCCGGCCUCACUUCCGGCAGAAGGGUGAGGGGGUGACGGUCCCCCUGCCCCUCCCAGACACUGCCAUUUCUUUCUGCUUCUACUCUUUGGUCUUGGACACUGGAGAAAAAUGAAAGAUAAAAGGAUAUGAAACUUAGAUAAUCAAAUGCUGUGUAACCCAAGAAUAUACAGCAGGUGCCAAAAAAUAUGUGGACAUUUAAACUGUAUUAAAUUUGUAAUACUCAAGCCACAUUUGACUUCUGGAAUUACAAGAGGUGCUCAACAUGACUUGCAUUCAUCUUUUUUUAUUGGUAAAUAUUGAGAUAUUGAGUAUUACAUAUAUAUAUAUAUAUUUUUUUUUUUUUUUUUUUGAGCAGAGUCCCAUUCUGUAGCCCUGAGUAAAGUGCCUUGGCAUCAUAGCUCACAUCAACCUCAACCUCAAACUCUUGGGCUCAAGCGAUCCUCCUUUCUCAGCCUCCCAAGUAGCUGGCACUAUAGGUGCCUGGCCACAAUGCCUGACUAGUUUUUCUGUUUCGUAGAAACAGGGUCUCACUCUGGCUUGUGCUGGUCUUGAACUCCUAAACUCAGGCAAUCCACCUUCCAUAGCCUCCCAGAAUGCUAGGAUUACAAGCAUGAGCCACCAUGCCCAGCUGAGCAUUUUAAUCUUAACAUAGAUUUUUUCCUUUCUUAAAAUGUGUAUACAUUACUUGGCACUUGCUAAGAAUCUGCUUAACUCAAACUCUUAAGCAGAUAUCCCAAUCGUGUCACAACAUGGGGCCAGUUACUGAGGCCUGAUGCUGGAGGUGGUGGGUGCUGGAGUCCAGGACUGCAUACCAGGGACUGGAUGUCGGCUGACACGCUGCAAGGAGCUCUCAGGGUGGCUUGCUGUGGGCCCCCAGCUGUGUCUGGAAAGCCAUGCCUUGUGUUGUUCUCACCAUGCAUUGUAUGAUGAAGCUUGACCACAGAUGGCUUAAGAAAUAAAAUAAUCCUAAUAGCUACUGUGUACUGAGAGCUCGCUGUGUCCAGAAGAGGCGGCUCACACUUAUAAUCUCAGUACUUUGAGAGGUAGAUUGCUUGAGCUCAGGAGUUUGAGACCAGCCUGAGCAAUAUAGCAAGACUCUGUCACUACAAAAAAUUAAAAAAAUAAAAUUAGCCAGGUGUGGUGGUCUGUAUCUUUAAGUCUUAGCUACUCAGAUGUCUGAGGCAGGAGGAUCACUUGAGCCCAGGAGUUGAGGUUGCUGUGAGCCACGAUCUCACCACUGCACUCCACCUCAAGCAACAGAGUGAGAUACUGUCUCUAAAAAAAAGAAGAAAAUGGAGGCUUUGGGGAAGUAAUUUGCCCAAAAUCACAUAGCCGUAAAGUGGCUGAGUUCAGACUUACCCUGUCAAGCCCAGGUUUACCCUGUACCCUUCACACUGUGCUCCACCUCCCUAUGCUGCCUAUAAGGCCCUGAACCCGCUGCCACUUUGUCCAGAAUUCUGGAAGAUGCCCCAGAGGAGCUAUGCCCCAGGUACAGCCCUGGAAGCCUCCCUCCCGGCUGGAGUCUGCCUGUCUCUUUUAUGCAUUCAUACAGGUGAAUGAUGCUCCAAUUUUGACCCCCAUGCAAUGGUCCUCUUCAUUUUGGGGCAGGACCCUCCGGCCCCUCUCCAACUCCUGCUGAUACCUUGUAAUUAGCACAUUUUCACAAGACCUCAGAUCUGCCCAGGCCUUCCGAGCUGUACAGCAGCGAUGACAUUUGACAUUUGCUCUCACUGGCUUUUCUCAAAGGCCAGAAAGGAAAUAGCAUUAAAGGAAGUGCCAGACGCUGACAGUUCUCCAGGCUGGCUGAGAAAGCAUUAGGUACAGAUGUCACCCUUCUAAAAGGCAAGAACCAAACCACCUCAUAGGCACCAGUCUCCCAAGGCUCUUUUCUUGGGGUUUCAACUUAAGUCCCUCUAUUCUCUUUUUCUUUGGCUCUAUGUGUUGCUCAAAUUUAAAUAAGUUGCUACUUAGCCAGCUGGGAGCAGUGCCUCAGCCUGUGAUCCCAGCACUAUGGGAGGCUGAGGCAGGUGGAUCACUUGAGCUCAGGAGUUGGAGACCAGCCCGAGCAAGAGCAAGAUCCCAUUUCUACUAAAAAUAGCAAAACUACCCAGGCAUUGUGGCCAGCGCCUGUCCCAGCUGCUCGGGAGGCUGAGGCAAGAGAAUCGCUUGAGCCCUAGAGUUUGAGGUUGCUGUCAGUUAUGACACCAGGGCACUCUGGCCUGUACAACAAAGUGAGACUGUCUCAAAAAGAAAAAAAAAAAGUACUUAGCUAUUUUAGAAAUAUGAUCAGUUUUCAUUCCUGCAUCCAAGGUGACAAAUUAUACACAAAUAAACUAAUACAUUUUAUGGGGGGCUAGCAGAAUGUUUGUUUAUCUCUGCUUCCAUUCACCCCUUAUGUAUCUUUAUCCAGAGAAUUUAAUUUUCUCAAUAUUUCUUCAAAAUUUGAAAUGGCCUCUCAUUUUCUCCUUGCACUGAAAACUAAAUUAUGACUCACUCAGUGAACCUAUGUCAUUGAAGUCAGCUACACAUUCAAGGCAGCAAUGGCCCAGAGAAAAUGAAGAGAUUCUCUCCUCAUUCUAAAAUGAGUUUUUACUCCACAACAACGAAGGUUGCAAAAACAAAAUGAUUUCUUCUCAUGUGCCUGAUUUCAUUGCCUGCGGGGCCCGUUUUCUCCUGAGGUCUGGAAUCUUCAACCAUACAGAUAAAUAAAUGGUCAUAUGGCCUGGUGGCUUAGCCUUUGGGGCUUACCCAUUCCAAGAAGAGGCUCAGCUUGUCUGAGCAUUAAAUGUGACCCUCAAGUCAGAGAGGGCGGUGAGGCCAGAACAUAUCACUGCGUUCUCUCCCAGCCCAGCACAUAGCUCCGCCCUGGCCCUGGGGCCUGCCCUUGAGGAAGGUCAGGGCUCAAUAACUUUUUCUCUGUCAUCCAGGAAUUUAGA